AUGUCUACAUCCCCUACAGGUGUUCAACGUUAUGACAAUUCUCCAUAUGUCACCAAAAAAUAAUAUCCACAAUAUCCAAUACCUCAGCAAUACCAACAAUCAACCCAACAACUCAAUCAACCAGAUUAUUAAGAUGAUAGGUAUCGAGAAUUCGAGGAAAGAGAAGAACAAUACAAUUAUCAGAUCUAAAAAAUGAACGACUAUAUCCAACAAUUAUAACAUGACUUGGAUGUAUCCGAACAUGCCAAACAGGGAUUUGAAGCAGAUUAUCAAAAAGUAGCCUAUGAAUUAUAGAUGUACAAGGAUCAAUUAAAGAAAUUAUACACCAUCUAUCAACAACAAACUGCUCAAUUCGAAACUAUCAAAAAGAAAACACAAGAAUCAAAUCUAAAUGCUGAAAAAACAUAUGAAAAGCAAUUUGAAAUUAAAAAUGAUGUGCAAAAUCUCAUACUGGAUAGAGAUCUUUUGCUUAAUAAAUUAGAACUGGGUGAUAAACAAUACAAUUUUGAUGUCCAAAGCUUGACUCAGCAACUCAAUGAUAAGAAUGCGGAGAUCUAAGAUUAGAGAAAAAGAAUUAAUGAAUUAACUGAAUUGAAAAGAAAGGCUGAUGAGGAAAUAGCAUCCUUAAGAUUUACACUUGAUCAUCAAACUGCAAGAUUGGAAGCAGAAUUGAGAGAAAAAGUACUUAAAUUAGAAGCACUUGAUAAACAAUUUGCUGAAGCCCUUUAUCUCAAAGACAAUGAAUUAGUAGAUGCAUUUGAUAAGAUCAGAAUCUUAGAACAUGAAGUUAGACGUAUUUUAGAUUUGAAUAGAAGUUACGCCUAAGAAUUGAGCAUGUUGGCAAGAGACAAUAGAUUUAAAUAGGAAGAGAUAGCCAAAGUUAGAGAGGAUGCAAAACCUGCUAUGCCAUAGUAAAUUAGUGUCUAAUCAGGUGGUAUGGAGCCUAGAAUGCCACCAGCAUGGGCUGAAAAAUUCCAUAUCAAGAUAGAUGCUUGUUUGGAUUUAUUUGAAAGAAAUCAUGCAAAAUCAUUAAAAUAACUGUGUCUUAAUCUCUGGAAAGCAAAAAUGGAAUUAAAAGCAAGAAACAAAUAGAAUAAAGCCAUGGUUGAAGAGAAUUCAAAUCUUGGUAAAAGUGUAGUUGUAAGUGGAGGAACUGAUAUGAGAGUAACUACAUAUUUUAUAGAUUCAUUUGUGGCUGCCAUUACGUUUGCCAGAGAUGCGAUAUCUAAUGUUGUUUUUGAUAUCUUUGUCAAAAGUGUUAAUAAAGCGAAUAAUAAAAAACUCAACUCUUUCGUUCUAUUCUUUGAAUCUCUUAAAGAAAUGUAACAAAAAUCUAGCAAAGGAUUGUGGCUAGCUUUGGAAACUUAUGCCAAAUUGAGAAAGGCUUUAAGACAUUCUGUGCCAAUCCUUAUAGAUGCAAAAGUUCAGAAUGGAUUACUCUAGAAAGUGGAAUUAGCAAUGGGUAAAUUGCUGAAACAUGAUAUGGAUUUCAGAAAUAAUAUUAAUAAAUGGCUAGAAGGGACUUUAGCCUUUACCGUUUAAAAGAAGGAGGCAGAAGCCUAUGACAAAAAUAAAGAUUAUCUGUUCCUGUUUAGACUUCUAACAGUUAAGUAUAGGAUCAAAUUCCCGCUGUAAGGAAAGACUUUCGAGGUCGAUGUGGACAUUGAGACCACUUUAGAACAUAAAAUUUGUUACGCCUUAAGAAAAGUAGUUAAAUAAUAAUGA